ACAGAUCAUGACCCAGGCACGAAGGCGAACAGUGUCACCACUCACUCAUUUACAAGCUCAAAAGCGAUGCAGACCGCCUACAAUGCAAAACACUUGAAGCCAUUGGAAGGAAUGAAAGCAGGCGCACGCCACGGGAAGGACUGGACAGGCCAGAGGCGUUGUGCAAAACGCUGCGGCACCAGAGGAUUCAUCUCUAUGCGGAUUUCAUGUCACAGAUUUAUUUGCUUUGAUAGUGUUUGUGGUCCAUGGCCAUCAUCUCUCAUUCUCUAUUAAAAUAUUUCGAGAUAGAAUUAAAAACCCUCACGGCUAUGGUGUCACUAGGAAAUAUUUCCACCCCAGCCACGAUCUUUCCCACUCGCUACGCUGCUGCUGCCGGAUCGAGAAAACACCAAUGCCGAGCUUCCAUCGCCGCGAGGGAUGAACUGCUAGGGCUCAUCUCCGACGAUGAGAGAGGGCUGAGAAGCCAGAAGGACAAGAGGAGAAAAGAGAGGAUUCUUCGCGCAUUCGAGGCGCUCGCUGCCGAGUCGGCGAGCUCGGAUGGAAUCACCACCGAUUCGCGCCUCUCAGGGACGUGGAGGAUGCUGUGGACGACCGAGAAGGAGCAGCUCUUCAUCGUGGACAAGGCGCCUCUAUUUGGCACUCGCGCUGGCGACAUUCUCCAGGUGAUCGAUGUGGGCGAGAAUCGAUUAAACAAUGUCAUCACAUUUCCACCCUCUGGAGCGUUCGUGGUGGCCUCCACGAUGGAGGUUGUCUCGGACAAGAGAGUGGAAUUCCAGUUGAGAUAUACUCCAGUGGUGAUUCCUUUGAUAUGUUCUUCUGGCCAUAGGUUUACUGGCGCGCUUCUUCGAAGUGAUACCUGGAGUUUACCAGUCCCUCCCUUGGGUAAAGGCUGGUUCGAAUCCGUAUAUCUGGACGAGCAUAUUCGGCUGGCCAAGGAUAUUCGAGGAGACUUUCUCGUGGUUGAGAGGGCGCCAUAUGAUUGGAUAGACGAAGCGGACUUUUGGAGCUUGACAUAAAAUCACAGAUAUACUCGUCGCAAAAGUCCUGCUUAUGGGUGGCCUAAAAGUUUGGUGUGAUUUGUCGAGUAUUUAAAGGCAUGAAUGUCCCUCAGAUUGAUAACUCACACUAUCUAAGUAGAUUAAAUCGAAGAAAUGGCAAAAUCAAACAUUGUGUU